GGGUGCCACAGGCCCGUGCAUGAUGCUGGGUGCCUGUGUGCCAGCACCCUCCAAGGUGCACCCUCCCCGGGGCAGGUGCCCCCUCUCCCCGGUGCAUCCUCAUGGCUGGUCCCGUGCAGGAGCCUCGCGGCGCUUCCCGCUUUCGGGACGGUGCCGGUGCCGGCAGUCGCCAGUGGGUGUUGGUGGGUUCGCAGCCUGCCGUGCCGCGGCACCCGCCGGUGCCCCCCCGGCAGGGCCGGCCCCAUGCGCGGAGGAGCCCGCGCCCGCCAUGAGCAACGCCACGUCGCCGCCUGCCCCCGGCGUCCCCGGCGACUCCCUGGUGGGCUACGUCCUCGUGCCCUUCCUCCUCAUCACCCUCGUCGGCGGCGUCCUGGCCGUGGCGAUGUACGUGCGGAAGAGGAGGAGGUUUGACCGCCUGCGCCAUCGCCUGCUGCCCAUGUACAGCUACGACCCCGGCGAGGAGCCCGCGGAGGCCGAGCGGGAGCUGCUGGUGGAGGCCGAGGGCGCCCGGGUGGCGCCGGGCUGGGGGGGGUCGCAGCCCCGCCGCCCCCCCCGCGGCGACUGGAGGGCCUGACGGAGCCGCCGGCGGAGGGAGGAGACGGCGCCCGGGCGGCUUUCGGCAGCGUCCCACGGAUGCGCCCGAUGCCGGAGCGAUGCCGGGGCGAUGCCAGGGGCGGUGGGAAGCACCGCCGGGCACCUGCCCGGGAGGACUCGUGGCAGCGCGGAUGCCCCGGGACGGCGGAGCGGCAUGGUCCGGCCUCGCCGCCGCGGCACCUUGCCAUAUCACCGGCAGCUCGGGCUUUUUUCCGUAAUAAAACGGCCCCAGGGACAGGAGCGGCGGCAGCGGGGCCGGAUGAGCCAAACCCCGACGCGGGGCGUGGAGGAGAGGCGCCAACAUCCAUAAAACGUUUUAUUCAAGUAA